AAACCUUGAAAUGGCUGUGACACUUCUGGAGUCCCCUCAAAGGCUGGAGUGUGCUAAUCUGGACCAGCUUUCCAAAGGUGCUGGUUAAGUUCCCUGACCUCACGUACUUCAUUUGAAGCGGGCUGUGUUGUAUUGACCAGCGCUACAAAUGCGUCCUUAGCUGUGCUGGUGCUGCUGUGGUGCUGUGUGCUGAGACAGCCCUGUCUCGGGGUGCGGGAACGGCUGCGCUGCAGCAGCAGGAUGGAGAAGACCUGUGCGAGUUUGGCAGCUGGACCUUUCCCGUGUGGCUCGGGGGUGGUCACUUCGGGGCCUGGGCUCUUCCGUGGGUGGUCUGAUCUGACUGGAUGAUGGUGAUGGUUAUUAUUAUUAGUAUUAUUAUUGUUGUACAGUCUGACCCCCUGCUUUGGAGGGAUGAACAUAUGUUUUGGGGAUUCCCGUGUUGAUCCUGAUCAUUUCUGGUUGGGCUGUAACAACUUCUACAAUGAGAAACCCAGGCCCUGUAAAGACACCAGUUCAGGAGAAUCUGUGUCUUUAAGCUGCUUUUCAAUGAGUUGGGUCGGUGUCUGGUCGUUGGUUGCUGGCAGAGGAGCCCUCCAGCAGUCUCCCUGUGCCGUCACUGUGCUGCUCCCUUGGCCAGUGUCCUCAGUAAUGCAAAUCCUGCGCCGUGUUAUUCAAGUCUGCUGGUGUUCCCUGCAAAGGACUCUUGUUUGCCUUCUAGAUCCUCAGAUUUCCUUUUAUGUUGCAGACUUGUUUGAUAGCAGCACAAAUGUGUGAGCAGUGGGUUAAUGAUUGUUGAGCACUGAAAAAUGUAUUCCUUCUACAAAGGUGUGUUGCUAUACCUGGAUUAAUUAAUGUGCGGUAUUUAACUCAUGCUAAAUCCCUGGUGAGAGAUGCUUCACCUGUGUUUCUUCACUUCAACCUGUAGAUGGGUUUUAUGCCGUAUCUCUGCUGGGCUUUGACAGUGGAGCAGGUAACGUGUGUUCGUUCUCCGUCCGUAGGCACACGCGACUCUGGUGACGAUGGCACUUCUGUUGGGAGGGUAUCGGAGACGAGAGCUCUGAGCUUCACCCCUCUCGGUAGGCAACUGGCUUGGAUGCUUAGGGUGGCUGUUAAAACACCAAAAUAUGUGAUUAUCAAAAUCAGUGACAGAGUGCUCUAAGUUAUUCUGAAGGUGCCCAGGGGUGAAGUCACUGGAAAGCACAAAAUUGCAGGGGAGGUGUGUUUCGUCUCCUCCUCCUGGGUCAGGGCUGCAGGAAGGAUUUGCGCAGCCUUGGAGCCCUCUGUGGUUUGCACUUGAGAUUCUUCUCAUUGUCUGAACAGGACAAAGUGAUUUUCACUGUGACUCUGUGUCCCGUUUUCUAUCCUCACUUGACCUCCUUGCACGAUUGCUGAGUUGUUGGACAGGUUAUCUCUGUUAUGAAUCUCUUGCUGGGGUUUAGUAGGUGGGCUUGUAUAAACCGUGUGUAAGGUGCCUGGAAAGCUGCUACUGCAGGUGGCACCAUGGAUGGCAGCCUCUGGAAGGGCUGUUCCUGUGUCAUGAGCUUUGUCAUGGCUGUGAGUGCUGGUACGGAUGUACCGUGAACAUACAUGUACCUUUAACAUACAUAUACCUUUAACGUAGCCCUUCUGUUCUCCUCGUAGGCAUCUCCCUUGUUGAGGACGUGUCCGUCCCCUCGCCCUGUGCCCCGUCCCAGCCCAGCUGUCUCCCCGAGGGGCAGAGCUCCCCGAGCGGGGUGCUGCUGGGGGGCGGGACGAUGCAGCUGGGGUGGCAGGAGGGGGAACCCCCUUCCCAGGGGCAUGCGGAGAACAGACUGGCUUUGCUCCCUGUCUCAUCAAACCACUGGGUUUAUGCUUAUCCUAAAUCCUGUGCCCACUGAGCUAAUCUAAGCCUACUCAGUUGCUAGCACUGGGAAGCAGGUCCUCUCGCAAACUCCCGUCGGGCACUGACCCCGUGCCGGUGUCUGAAGCCGGAGCGGCCCCACAGCUCUUGGUGCCGGCAGGACGGAGCUCGCUGAGCUGCGGGACAGCCCGGGCUCUCCCGGGACACUCUGCUGCCAGGAUCAUUCGGGUGGCCUCCCCAGCCGCUGCCUUUGGCACGUCACUGGUGGGGGCACUGGGCUCGAUUAGUUCCUCCAUCUCCUAUUUUUCUGUGUGUUGUUCUUUUUCUUCUUUUUUUUUUUUUUUUUGUGUCUUUCAUUUGUGUGUGUAUUUUUGCUUGUCAGGGAUUAAGCAAAUUUCCACAGUUGGAUUGUGCUGGCCAGUAACAAGUGUAAGAAAUCAGCACUCUGGGGUAUGAUAAUCUUCUGAAUUAGAAGAGCACCAUAAUGGAGCUAAUGAGCUUCCUGCCUGCUUGUAAUCCCAGUGUUUUUACCUCUUAGUAAGUGUGCCUGACUGGAUUGGUCUUCUUUCCAAGUCACUUCUUGAAGUGGAAGGAACGGACAGACUGCAGGGAGAUGUGCAGUGGGGCAGACUUGAAUUAAUUCGUGUGAUUUGAUAUGGUAAACAGGGAGCACCCAGAGGAUGGGAAGGAUUCGUUUUAAAAGGAUGGAAAAGAAGAUGGAUAAACGUUGGCAGCCAAAUACAUUUGGAAAUGACAGUAAGGGAGGAAGGGAGAACUGAGAACUUGCUCGGUGUUGGAGUGUACCUUGGCCUCAGCAACAAAGCUUCGUGUUGGCCCAAGCAUCUGUGGUCAGGAGACGGUGUUCUGGACAGGCUGUGUUGCUGACAUGGGUUUUGAACUUUUCACUCUGCUUUAUUUCAGGUUAGGUUAAGCUGUCUUUUAUGGGCAUCUGCAAUCUUACUGGGAUUCCUUUUGUUUGAGGGCAGGCUUUAGAUCUAGAAGAUACCCACUGUAUGCAUUUUUGGUAUACUUAGGUAGUCAUUGCUUCAAGGUUAGUUCUGCAGUUUGUGCAACUGCAGCGUGUUCGUGCCUCUCCGAGGCAAGGUGGGAAGCUGCAAGCAUGACUGUUAUCAGAUGUCACAGGUUUAUUUAAGUUCCUGUGUGCAGAGUCUGAAUUUUUGAGGAGACCAGACUGCCAGUAAGCAAAGGUCCUGGUGGAGAUCUCCGCUCUGCCCGUGGGGCGCUGCACAGACCCUGCGCAGGGUGUGGGGACCUUGGCCUGGGUUGGCCUGAGCACUGCAUGUGGUACUGCAAAGCAUCUUCCACAGUGUGUGACCGUGAUUCCUCGGGCCAUAACCCUCUGUGAAGGGAUCCGAGCUAUUGCUGUUUGUGAGGCAGUGCAACACGGUGUAGUCAAGCAUCCACGUACCAUCUCCCGGUUCUGCUCUCAGAUGUGCUAAACUGCUGUUCAUGUGAACACGUGCAAUAACUUCGUGCUUUGCAGAGUACAGCCCGGGAGCGUCAAGGGAGACGGAGAGUAUGUAUAUUGCACAAAUUGCGUAUUUAUUAGCUGCUAAAUUGAUUUCCUCUCCUGAAAAUCAAAGCCUUUGUAUUUGCAGUGAGCCCUCCAGGAAGCAAAACUGCUCGCACUGAUCCUGGAGCGAACAAAUAGUCCAAGUGCCAAGACCUACUCUGUGUUUUGAAUAAUUAAUCUGAUCUUUCUGAGGUGCCCCAGGAGAUGCCCUCUGGCGCAAGGGACAGCCGUGGGGAGCAGGCAGAGCUGGGCCCAAAGGAAGUCAGUCCUUCUAGCAGUUUUGUCUUGGCUGUGCUUUGCUUUGUUAUUUUUUUUCUGUGGGGGUUUCAUGGUUUGCUUUGGACCUGAUUCUCCGAAGUGGCUCUCUGAACUGAAUUAGCUGUUGCUUUGCUUUUGGACUGGAGAGCAGAGUGUACUUGGAUGAGGUUUGUGGACAGAGAUAAAACAGUUUCCUUUAAAAACACAUGGAUGUGUUGCUUUGAUCUGGGAGGGGUUAUGGACGAAGAUAAAAGAUCGCAUUUGGAAAUACCUGCUGGGGAGUGAUGGGACCAUGUCUGACUUUUCCUGUAAAGACCAGUCUCCCUCCUGAUCAGUGUGGGUUCAGGACCUCGUUUCCUGGAAACCUCUCCCUGCCUUUGAUGUCCUCUUUCCUCCUGUCCCACUCAAAGGUGGAUGGGCAGAGGGUGGGAUGAUCAGAAGCAGUUUGUAGGGCUGGCCAAGACUGGUGGUGCAGGGCUGUGAAUGGACACAGGAGUUUUGUACUUUCUUCAAGGUAUUUUUUCACCUUGGGGUAGCAGGAACAAUCAGUGUGUGGGAACUGGUGUGUUUGGGUGUCUGCUUUUAAAGCUGGCUUCGUGACUCAUCUGGGGAGAAGUAGAGGUCAGCUCUCUCCUUUCUGAUCAAUGUAGCCCAACUGUUGUAACUAGAAAGUGUGAAUGUUUGGUAUCUGUAUGCAACUGUAUGCAAAGGAGUUGUGAAUGAGCUUGAACUUCUGUUGGAAAAAGAAGGGGAUGAGUGUAAAGGUUUGGAGAUGUGCUGCUGUAGGCAGCAGCUUGGCGGUUGAGUUCAUGCUGCACCAGGGAAAUGCUGAAUAUCUGAACAAGCUUGCCAGUGUUCUCCUGAAAAUGCAAAAUUUAUUUUAAAAUAUGUUUCUAAUUCAUCUGUUUAUAUCUGAGGAAAGUUGGAGUAACAUCCCAGAGCUCACCUGCCCGGGUGGUUAUGCCAGAGUUGUGGCCGAAAUACACUUCUGACAGGUUAAGCUUUGCCACUGUGUGUCAGCACCAGACACCCUGAGGGUGCAGAACAAGGACUUACGCUGGCCUGUCCUGUGGCCUCAUCCCGGCUGAUCCUGCCGACCAGGACUGCAGCUGAGCAAACAGGAGCAGGAUCUUCUCAGCAAGUGUGGAAGCGGCCAAGGCUGAGAUGGGAGCGGUGGGAGCUGGUGUCUGUCUGUACGGCCACGCGGGACGGCUCUGCUGGUUUCCCCGCCAGGGGAACUUUAGUUACUCGCCAGUUCUGUAACUUGAACUGGAAAUUCCAAGUCUGAUUUGUCAAUACGACUGUUUUUUUUCCUGCCCUACAAAAAUAAACUGUAAAUGAAGAAUGUGUGAAUGCAGGGUUUAUUCCAGUGAAGAUAUGAAAUGUUUUUGGGGCUGGUCAUUUGCUUCAAUAUAGAUGGGUCUUAGUCAUGACUGGCUUGACCGGGAGCCCGUGACUGAACUGGCAGCAGGAAACCUGCUUCAUUGCUGAGCUGCCAAAGGUCUGAGCUGCGUCCUGCUCGUGCCAGGGCCGUGCUGCUCUCACAGCACCUGGGACCAAGUCCAGGAGCCGCUUGUCCAUGGCGCUGUUUCCAUUUAGUAAACAGAAGCUUUCUGGGAAGGUUUGUGUUGGGUUUCCCUCUCAAGCCUGAUUAAUACUCUUGACUUCUUUGGCAGCGAAGCUCUGACUGCCCAGUGUUCAUGUCUUCGGAGUAAUCCUGUGCUGGCGUGUCCUGAGUCUGUGAGACAUAAACGAAACACAACAAAUGCUCUGUGGUGACGUUCUUCAGCUGCUUCAUUGUCCAGACCGUGGAGCAGUGCGCAAAUGUAGUAAUACUGGGGUCAAUAUCUCGCUGUCUCUUCAGACAUCGUGUUGAAGAGAUACCGAUUUAGCAACCAAUAUUGGUUGUUCCAUGGCAGCUGAGCUGGUGAGGAAGAGGGUUGAGUUGGCCUUGUCCAAACUGGCAGGAGCUGCUUCUGCUUUCCUACCCAGCAGAACCGUUGACUCCUGUGCCAGAAGAACAAGUGACUGCUCAGUGUUGCUUCCAGAGGAGUCCGUGGGAUGACUGAGCUGAGUGUCCUCAUUCACCAUGGGUUACAACAAUCUCUGCAUUUGCAGCAAUCUCACAGCAAUAGUUCCUUCCAAAUUUCUACCUAUAGUUGAAGGCCAUAAGCUGCCACUGUGAUGUGCUGGAGGAAGAGGCUGUUCCUGGGUAUUUCGGAAAUAGUAACUGUGAACAGAACUGGCAAGUGGUCCUGUGAAGUAGAACCACAGAAUGUCCUGAGCUGGAAGGACCCACCAGGAUCAUGGAGUCCAGCUCCUGUCCCUGCACAGGACACCCCACAGGUCACCCCGUGUGUCUGAGGACGGUGUCCAGUCUUUCCUUGAACACUGUCAGGUUGGGCCGUGACACCUCCCUGGGGAGCCUGUUCAGUGUCCAGCACCUCUGGGUGAAGAACCUUUUCCUCAUGUCCCACUGACCCUCCCUGGCACAUCUCCUGCCGUUCCCUGGGCUCUGUCACUGUCACAGAGCUCACCCUGCCCCUCCUGCUCCUGCUGAGGAACCUGCAGCCCAUGAGCUCUGCCCUCAGUCUGCUCUGCUCCAGCUGAACAGACCCAGGGACUUCAGCUGCUCCUCAUCCGGCUUCAUCUCCAGACCCUUCACCAACUUGCUGUCCCUCCUCUGGACACUGUCCAGCAGCUUUAUCUCCUUUUCUCCCGUGUCCCCAGUCCUGCACACAGUGAAUGCUGCAGGUGAGGCCGCCCCAGCGCAGAGCAGAGCAGGACGAUCCCCCCCUGCCUGGCUGGCCGUGCUGUGCUGGAUGCACCGGGACACAGGUGGCCACCUCAGGACAUGGUUGGCAAAGUAAUUUUGCCUGGUGCUUCAAAGGAGCAAGGUAGCCAGUACACACUAGAAGAGAAGUUCCCUCAGUUCCAAGUAUGGCUGUUACUUUAGAUGAUGAUGAGUUUGAUAUGCUCUGGUCCAUAUUAGGACUCAAAGACAAAGACCCUUGGAAAUAUCUUGACUUUGUCUCUUGAGUUUGCUGAUGGCCUCGCAUGGGGCAGAAAAUGUGGGCAAGCAGGACCAGUCUGGUCCAUCCAGCUUCCCCCUCCCCUGGGGUGUCUACCAGGGCAGCAGCGCCAGAAGCCAACCCAGGCCAUGGGCAGAGAUAAGUGAGGCACUGCUGAUACGUGGGUGGCAUUAAACAGCUCCUACCUUCUCAGCAAAACAUCCUGAGUCCUGCUGUAGUGAAGUUGCAUCUCAAACCAAAGUGUGGCAGGUGGAUUUUCUGUGGGGUGAGGGUGAAGGCAGGCAGCAAGCAGCAUUGGCUCUGGCUGGAGACCAGGUGGCUGUGUGGGAAACUUUCAUGUGCGGUGAUCUGACACCUUGUGAGAGCCAGGAGGACCCUCUGGUGCUUUUGUGUGGGAUAGUCAGAUUUUGUAUGCAGAACUGGUGCAGCAGUUCCUUUUUUUGGGAGUUUUGAGGAGAAGGAGUUAACGGGUGUGAAGGCAGAGGAAGAGCAUAGCUGGAUCUGUGCUGGGGCUCCUGGCUGAUAUUUUUGCAACAGGCUUGUGUUACCCAGCGUGGGGCCGUGGGGAUUAGCCGGGCAGACUCCCAGGCUCCUUCUGCGCCGAGCGCUCGCCUGCCCCGCGCAGCCCCGCGGCUUUUUCCCAGGACUUGGGAAUUUUUGUUGGGAGACUCUGUGGUGCCUAUUUCUUUAGCAGUAACACCUUGUGUUUGCCCCUAGUUACACGACUUUGAAAGAAUUAAAAAGCUUGUAUAACCCCCAGAAGAAUUGUCCGGUGUAGUGGCUUGUAAUAACAUCACUGAAAAGGAAAAUAAGGAGAUGAUCAGAAAGAAAAUUAAGAGUAGAGGAAAAUGGCGUUCACCAUCUUUGACAAUCUAAGUGUGCUCAGAGUAUCUGUUUGGAAUCUAAAACCUGUUUUAAGGACCACAGUGCAGCUGUGUGCGUCCCACAUCCCAGAGCCCGGGUGAAGUGUUUCAAGGGGAGAGACAGAUGCAGAGCUGGCCCAGGGAAGCGGGAAGAUGUUUCAGGGCAAAACAGUGAACUUGCAAGAAAGCUGAAUUGGUUUUGUAGGAGUAGAAGGAGCUCCCCUUGCUGAACGACAUAAGGAUUUCUUUAUCUUUCUUUUUCAUUUGCAUGUUUUCCUGCCAGUGACAUGGUCCUGCUGGUGACAUUAGUAGACUUCUUUGGGCAAUUAAAGUUACGGUUUCAGCUUGAUUCUUGUCCUCUGAACAUGUUGCCAGCCUGCUGUGGCAGCUUUUUGGUUAUUUUUUUUGUGUUUGUGUGCUCCUGUAGAGAGAAAACCAAUUAAAACCAAGUCACGUUUAGCAGGCUGUGUAGGUUGUGGCUCCUGGUGUGAGGGGACACCAGGCCUUGUGGGACUCGCGGUGAAGUGCGGAGCUGGCACCGUGUCCCUGGGGAGUGCGGGCCUGCCGGCCCGGCGGGUGCUGGGCGGGAGCAGGAGACAGCAGGGCUGGAUUGUUUUCUUCCUCUUUGUUUUUUUGUCUCCACAGUGUUGGGUUACAUAGUUUUUGUGCGCUUCUCACUCCUUAUUCAAACUGAGUCGAAAAUGUCCCAUAUUUUUGUAUCCAAGGUCAUGUGUAGUGCAGCAUAAAUUGAAAUGUGUUUGUAGCACAUAGGGCAGUUUUUGAGAGCUAAAACAGUUACUUGUGUGGAGCCUCUAGGCUGGACAAUGAGCACAGGCCUUUGUGGCGGGUGAUGUUUCUCCCUCCAGCUGGCUGGUGGUGACGUGCUCAUGCUCUUCCCAGCCUGUGCACGUGCCACCGUGUGCUCACCUGCGCUGUGACAGAUCCUGCCCAGAAUCUGUCUCUGCGCGGUUCUGAGCAGCGGAUGGGGAAGGAAGCACCAGCCAGGUCCCUUCUGUGCAUGCCUGUGUAGCUUUCCUUGCCAUACGAUAAGAUGAGGCUCUGGAGAAAGUGGAGAAGAUGGUGCAUGCUCUGGUACAAGGUGUUACUGCCAUCCCAUGUGGCCGUAAUGCAUUGUAGAAACUUAAUGUGGCUCAUGCUGACUCUGAGGUGACAGUGCUGCUUCAGGUGUAACAGUCCUAGGAAACAUCAGAGGGAAUGUUCGUCCCUGUUGUGUUGGUCAGCAGUGGUGGGGAGGGCCGGGGCCGGGCUGGUUCUGCUGGUGCCCGGCAGCCGCUGCCCAUCCCCAGCUCCCCAGGGAGAUGCCGUUGGCCGGCUCUGCUCCAGGCACGUCGCUGCAGGGAGCCCGUGCUGCCCGUGGCUGCUGCGGCGUCACAUCACCCGUGAGCAAUGCCUGGCUUCCUCUGGCCUUAACUUGUCAGCUUGAAAGGUAAAAUGGUCAGAAAUAGCAGCCUGCAGCUUCCCGAGAGCGCAACGGUGCUGAAUUCCCUGUGCACGUGCUUUAGUGCCUGCGCCGCCACAACCUGCUGGGUCACACGUGGCUUUGGGAGUGUUGGCGGGACGUCCUCUGCUUCAGUGAGCUUUGCCGUGGGUCUGCCUGUUACAUCAGCCAACAGAUCUGUACCCAGGCCUGAGGUGCGGUUACUCCUGUGCCGCUGGGCUGGCUGCGGGCAGGGCCGGGGAUGCAGGUUGUGCUGUUGGGCUGCAGAGUCGCAGGUGAGACCAGGUUCAACAGGACCUGCUGCUGGGAGCAGCUGGCGUGCGAUGGUUCGUGCGAACCUUGUCAGCUUAAGAGGGUUGAUUAAUAUUUAUUGAGGACGACAGUGGCUUGCUUUCGUGUCAGUCUUUUUGCCAGUCCCUGGUUGUCAGGCGUAUUAAGAAGGCUGUCAGUGCUGCUGCAGGGUUUUAGUUACUCCCUUGGCAGUGCUUUCCAUCUGAAGCUGGGAUCUCCUGUCAGACACAGACAGCCCAUGUGUGUUGGAGGGGUUGAAAUCUGCUACAAAACAAGAAAAAUCUUCAGUAAAUGAUAGGAAGGAAAAAAAAAAUAGGCUUUGUCAUCUGAGAGUUUUGCAAAAUAGUGAUGUUUUCCACAGCUCAGCAGCUGGGUCUGGUGGUAGGUAGCCCCUGAGGCAAACUGGUGAUUCUUGGGGACAGGAAUUUGUUGUUCUCCCAUGGCAGGAGCAGACGGGCUCUGGAGCUGCUGUUAGCCCAGCACCAAAUAACCAGCGAAUCCUUUCUGAACAGCUUGGUUGACUGCGUCGAUUAUCUGAAAGCGUAGGAAGAACGUGUGAACUGCGUUUCUGGUGGGAGAAGACUGCGCAGCACGUCUGCUGGCAGCGCAGCGCCGGGGCCGCUGCCCUCAGGAGCAAGCAGGCGCCAAAAUCCCGCCAGCGUCACCGUGCGCUUCUGUUGGAAUUUUUGAAGUGAAAAUUUGUUAGUGUUCGCAGCUUUUGCUGCUGCAGUGCGGCGUGUCCUCUGCGCCCCAGGGGAUGGGGUGGGUGGUCUCCUGUGACUUUGCCGGGGGGGCUGCAGGUCCGAGUGGCGAGCUCCCCGCGGCGCCACCAGCCACCGACCCUGCGCAGGGCUCACCGGUCAGGCUGUAAAAUACCUCAUUGGAAUAGCUUGGCCGACUUCUGUGCCUGCAGGGAGGAAUACAGGUAGAUCAGACCCAUGAAGCUAAAAGGCAUUGAAAAAACGCUUUAGCCCCUGCAUGCCAGAGCACUGGAGUUUACCUUCAAAAAUGGAGAAAAUAUGUAAGAACGAUUGAAAAAAAGGGUGUUGUGCAUGGUGUGCUUUUGCUUCUGGGAGCUCCUGAAAUGUGUGUAGGGAGAUCUGCAUCCCCAGGAGGUGCUGUGUGGAGAUGACAGCGAGCGGCCGCUGCUGUGCGUCUGAGCGGGAGAGGCCGUGGUGCUGUGGUUGCUGGCUGGGGUUAAACCGCGGCAAGACCGUGACCGGUUGAAUUACGAAGGGACCUAUUAGUAAAGUACUCAAGAAGAUUCUUUUGCCAGAGACAAUACCUGGUUUCUUCCUGGCAAAAAUCUUUCCAGCAAAGACAGAUUUUGAUCUUAAGUAUUUUCCAUUAAAAAUAGUGUUGACAGUUGCAUAGUGACAGUGUGUUUGCUUGAGUUACCUCCUAGAGUGUAUUUUAAUUUUAGUUUUCUCUUUAAACAACAUUUUGAAGUGCCAGGAGUGUGUUAUCUGACUUUAUAGGUGUCGCGUUCAAACAUCGCGUUUGUUUUGAAGGAAGAGGUAAUGGAAGUGUGAAUACUCUUACCCAUUUAAUGGUUUUCUGUUUCACAGGCAAAUGUUGUAGGUCAUGUUUACCAGCUAUUAAGGAGAAUGAGAAGAGCUAUUGUUUUUAGUAGUUCAUUGUUCCAAGGCUCUGCUGGCGGUGGAGCCGGCGGUGGGUGCAGCGGGCAGGACGGGUCGCGCUGGCCCGGGCACCGGGCGGCACGGACCUCUGUCCCUCUGCCUGUGAGGGAUGGUCUCUGCUCUGGAUCCACUGCUUUGCCGGAGGAACACCAUCCAGCUUCAAUCUGAAGGUGCUGUGUUGUGCUGAGAAGGGAACAAGCCAUUGUGGUUCUUCGUGAAGGGAGAGGAAAGGUGUGCGGAGAGGGGGAGGCUUUGCCGAUCCUCUCUUGUAAGUGAAUCUAACUGGGAUGUCUGAAUUUCUCUGGUAAGCUGUUGAGAAGUGGCAGGAUUUGAUCCGACUCUCUACAGCUCUUUCACGGAAAAGCAGCAGCAGGUUUCUGAGUCCAGGAUGCAGCUUUGUCUCACUGAGCGGUCUGAGGGGGCUGCGGCUGUCAGCGAGGCACCAGGCCUCUGGGUUUUCUGUUGAGCUGUAGCUGAGAGACCAUGACAGUGAAUCAACUUUGUGUGACUUUUCAUGCUCUGGAGCUUGCUAAUCUUUCUGAUCCGUUAUUUACCACAUCAUGUGUUGGGUACAAAGUGCACCUCAAGGGACACAUGAGACUGAAACAUGGACUAAACCGUCGUGUUGCAGAACAGCAACGGGAGCGUGCCCGUAGCACAGCUUACUGCCCGUCCUGUGCCUGACAGGUGACGCUUCGGCGGUCCAGUGGGUGCUACAUGUUUUAUUCAGGGGUGUUCUGAAUAGAAGAGGAGGGUAACGCGCUCCCGAGAACUUGGAGGAGGAUAAAGGAGAGGACCUGGCACGGGACACAGGAGCGCCACUGGCCCUAAACUCGGCUUUAAUCAUCUCAGUGGCAGGUUUUUAUAUAAACUGUGAAUGAAGAAAGAUACAGCUUUAACAGAGACAUUUGUCAUAAGAUAUUCCUAAUGCAUAUUUUCUUUACUAGUAUGGAUCAGAACAGACUUUUUGAGAUACUGACAUGUUUUUUUUUAAGAUCAAUAAUUUUCUCUUAUACUAUUAAUUGUAACAUAUAGGACACCAGAAGUUAAUGAACAUAUGAUUUUUCUUGUUUUGUAACUGAUAUGUUAAACUAAAGCUGUGAUGUUCCAAAAAAAAAAAGCCAAACAAACCUGCUUUAUGCUUUUAAUUAGUGGUGAAAUUACUGUACUGGAUCUUCCUGGCGGAAUAAAUUUGGGCAGAAUAAGAAAUGGGAGCAGUCCAACAAUCAUAUAUGAGGAAGUAAAAACAAAAAUUAAAGAAAAAUUAAGAACUCAAGGGAAGGGCUUAUCUAAUGAGCUUAAUAAACAGCGGUAAAACUGACUUGUUUGAAUGUGGUAUCCUUUCCGUUUCAGGCAUGUAUUUCAUAUUUUGGGGAGAGUUGCCUGCUUUAACAAGACUUUUUUAGCUAAACUGACCUUAUUAAAUUUUGAGACUGUUUAUAAACAAAAUAACACACUUUUUGGAACUUUUUUUUUUUCAAGUAAGGAAUUUGGAUUACGGUACCGUCUGCUAUAGCCCAGGAAAAAGAACAAAGUGGAUAAAUUGAGACCUGGUGAAGUUUCAAAGUGCUUUGGACAUUUGAUUAUGACAAAUGUGAAUAUUUGAAUAUGUGGAACAGUUUGGUAUAGUUCACUGUGCCUGCUGAUGCAAGAUUUGGUACUCAGCAGGUUAAAGUAUCACAGGAUCCCAGGCUGGUUGGGCUGAAGGGACCUCUGCAGAUCCCCCGGUCCAACCCCUGCUCACGCAGGGUCACAGAGCAGAUCACACAGCUGGGUCCAGGGGCUUUGAAUGUCUCAGAGAAGGAGACUCCACACCCGCUCUGGGCAGCCUGGGCCAGGCUCUGGCACCUCCCAGCAAACAAGUUUCUCCUCCUGUUCACAUGGAGCCUCCUGUGCUUCAGUCUGUAAGUAGCAAGGAAGUAGGUUAAAAACCAACAACAAUCAACCAAAACCUGAAACCAAAAACAAGGACAAAAAGGCAAAACAACCCAAAGGGCAGUGGUGUUUUGCACAGUGGGUGGUUAAGCUGUGGAGGCUGGGACACAGUGAUGUGGGUGUUAACGGUCACAGGUAGUGAAGAGGAGCCAGGACCAGUUCUGGGAGGGACUGGCCCAGUGCUGGUGUGUCCAGGGAGCCUCGUCCUCAGGCCCUGAGGCAGGUUUCAGUAGAGAGAGGGAUGACCACAGUGGCCAUGACUUGCAUAAGUAACUGUUAAUUCUUACAGGCGCUGGCUGCUUCUUAUGAGAGUGUACAAAAGAAAGGAUGAAAAUCAGAGUGGAUCCGCACCGCCUGACAGUCCCCUGCUCCUCCCAGGAGUGUAAGAAACCUGAUUGUACUAGGGGGAGAUGAAUGAUAGUUUGAUCCUACUUGGCAUCAUUCAUGGUCGUGGGGCUUUUAGGUAAAUACAAAUUUGAGAGAGUGUGUGGCCAUGGCUUGUGCCCCCCGCUCUGGAUUUAUGAAACACCUGGGAAGUGUUUCCCUAUGGCAGAGGGAAGCCGCGGGCAGUGUUCCUCCCUUUGUGCAGGCUUGUGUAUCCUUGGGGCACAACCUGGACUGAUGGACAGGGGGAGAAAUUCAGCAGAGAGAGGCAAGGGUAGGUCUGGCUGUGGCAGUUACCCUUUAUGUUAGAGCGAUGCGGUGCCAGAAGCUGCAGGCACACAACACCUGGGCAGCCAAACAUGGGGGGGCGAGACUGCUGUGACAGCCCUGUGUCUGUAGCACCUCCACUGACAAGUGCACUUGAGCAUCUCUUACUGGAGGGAGCUGUGACUUGUGGGACAAGUGCUCCAGAGCUGUUUUGUUUCUCCAGGGAUGCUGAACUCCUGCAUCUCUGAAGCAGCUGGAGCUCUGGGCACUGAGCAGCAGUUCAGGCGCCCCUGCAGCACCUGCUGCCCGCGGGGUCUGUGGGACAAAGUAAGAUCGCCCGUCGUGAGACCGGCUGGGGAAUGGUGGCUGUGUCAGUGAGGUCCUGAGAUGAGCUGCACAGAGUGCGUUUCCGUGUUCAGGCUGAGCAAAUCGCGUAGGGACGAGCUUUCAAGGCCAUGGGCUGUGUGGUCCCCAUGAGGAGUUCAGCACUGGGGAAAUGCGAAGGAAAAAACAUAAGAAACAACGAUCUCGGGUGCGUGGCAAAGUGAAACUUCUCACAGAGGCAGCUGGUUUGGUGGGUCACAGCCAUCUGUUUGUGCACCUGAUGGAAUGCUCCAGUUCAGGGUGGCUGGAAAGCAGUGGCGUUGCUGAAGGCGGCAGUGUCGCUUUUCCCACCCUUCCCUGCUCCAGCUCCUGGUGCGGGGCGGUCAGGGACACGUCCGGGUUAAAACUGAACCAGGGCAAAAAGUCAGGGUCGAGCAGCUGUGGGCAGAGGCAGGACGCUGCUUCUGGGGGUAACCCAGCUGUGCAGCAGCUGGAGACCCCGUUGUGCAGGUCUUCCUCGGGUGGGAUGGUACAUGCUGAGCACAGGGACAGCCGAGUCUGAGGGUCAGAGACUGCAGAUAAUGCUACUGUUUUAAGUAUGAUGUAUUUACAUGGUAUUAAAAAUCAUUUUUUUACAGUAAUAAAAAGAUGUAGUAGUAAAAAGGCAACUUGUAAUUGGAAUUCCUGCGCUGGGGAAGGAAUGGGUUUGUGUGUCAAGGAGCAGAACGGUUUCAAGUGGGUGGUAGGAGGAGACCAGAGCUCUUGACAGAAGUUACACCUCAGACUGCGGUUCAUAUGCUGGAGCCAAGAUGUGCAGAGGCUUGGUUUUAUCCCAGCUAGAAACACUGGGGUUUUACUCAUCUGGAACCACGCAGGAAAGGGAAACCACAAAACCAUCAGCUUCCAGCUUGGCGGGUUAGCGUGAUGCAGCUCUUUAUUGCUUUAUACUUUCUGCACAGUGUUUGAUCUCACUAGGAAUGGCUAUGUUAAGAUCAGUACUUAUAUUUUGUUAUAUCCUCUUAGAUCCAUCCCCUCUACACGAAACAGAUGCGAGUUCUUUGUUUAGAACUGCACCAGCUGAUUCCCCGAAGCCACAGUCUGUGGUGCUCGUUGCUGCAGGUCCCUUGGCCGUUGGUUUGCAGUCAGAGUUGGUUGUGUGCAGCUCUCCAGCCCUUUGAGAAGAAACUUAAAUGUUGUAACACUUCCAUCUGUAUUAUCUUUGCUAACAAAAAUGAAGAUUUCUGCCACAUAGGUAAAUAUCCCCAAAAAUUAGGAGAGUGGCCAGCUCUUGGCCUGUUGGAGGCCGUCUGGGUGAUCUGCUGAGAUCAGCAUGUUACUGAUUCAUAUUGAAGGCUUCGGAAGACAACAUAAAGCUUGAAUUUUUGUCAGCACAGAAGAUGUUAAUACAUUUUUCUCUAUGAAAAAUGUGAAUCCAAAAGCUGAUUUUUGCAGUCUAGUGGUCUUGUGUUUAGUGAGGUGUCUGAGUGUCCAUCAAAAGUGCAUUUUUGGUACUGAGGAAUAACCAGCCUUGCAGAUGUGUUGGACUGUUCUGCUGGAGUCUGGAAGCUCACAGGAGGCUCGCAGCUUGCUUUUCCUGAAAGGUGGCAGAUGGCAGUGGGGCGAGCAGAGGGCUGGAAACCUCCGUGUGGCCGCCCUUGGAAGAAAAGCAAGAGGCGAGACAGGGUGACGUGUGCAGGAACAGUCAUCAGACGCUUCCCUCCUUUCCGUUGGCAUCUUGGGGAACAUUUUGCUUAAAUGAGUGCAGAUUUGCUCUGCUGACCCCACCUGAGACACCAGUGAGUCGCUGCCCCUGGACCUCUCUUCUGUCACCAGCAGUUACACGUAGGAAAUGCAGAGCCGCUGUGUCAGGAGAUGCCUCCUGGCUUGGUGGCCGACAGCGUUCCUCGUCCUUCCUGCAGACAUCAGGGCAGCGGUUCCCAAAUCCCAGCGCUGUUCCUUGCUCUCAGCAGGAUCACCUUGUGGUCUCUUGGUCUUCAGAAUUAAAAACCCAAUAUACUGGCGGAAAGGAGGGCAAAAUUGGUUGUUUCUCCCUGAAUAAUUGUGCCUAGAAAGGGAGGAAGCCCCCGCGGUGCUCCGGUUCCUGCUCCCGCUGCUCCGUGGCGGUGGGGCGCUGGGUCCGGGCUGUUGGUUGCAGCGGGGCAUUCAGCUGUGGUUGACUUUGGCACUUCUCUGCCAUAGGGGAGCUGGGGAUGAUGGAAAUGUACUUGUUGCUUUAUCUAAAGAAACGAAAUCCUUUCCGUUGACCUUAAGCAAAGGCCUCAAGGGCAGAUGUUUUUCCCUUGCCUUUAGUCUAGGCUCCUAAAAUUGAAAAAAACCCAAACAGAAAAACCCAACCAACCAAAGCAAACAAACUCCCACAACAAACAGAAACAAAACCACAAACCAAGCCCCCCCAAGAAAACACAAACCACCGAACCCCUCCCUGGUCGUCCUCCUUCCUGUAGAUUUUAUAAUUCUUGCUGUGCCGUUUCAUAAUGGAAAAGUACUUGGCACAUCCCUUUACAUAAUUUAUUAUUGUUUGAUAUCAGGAAGGGCUCCAGGUGCCUCGCAGUGUGUUUCCCAGGGCAGUGUCACCGUUUCCUUCUGACAACCGCUCCGGUACAGUCUCUGCAGGCUUGUCCUGCGGGUGCCUCGGGCACAGGCAGCGUGAACGCUUGGCGGUGUUUUCACUUGAUACAAAGCGCAGCUUCGAGAGCAGCCCCGUGUCCACAGAGCUCCGCGCUGGCAGCACCUGCCCCGUGCGGCCUGGUUGAAGGUGCCUGGGACAGCUGGACCCUCCAGUUCUCUGUUGGUGUUUCACCAAACUGGGUGUUUGACUGUGACUGAAGGGUCUGGAGAUGAAGCCGUGUGAGGAGAAGCUGAAGUCCCUGGUCUGUUCAGCUGGAGCAGAGCAGCCUGAGGGCAGAGCUCAUGGGCUGCAGGUUCCUCAGCAGGAGCAGGAGGGGCAGGGUGAGCUCUGCUCUGUGACAGUGACAGAGCCCAGGGAACGGCAGAAGAUGUGCCAGGGAGGGUCAGUGGGACGUGAGGAAAAGGUUCUUCACCCAGAGGUGCUGGACACCGAACAGGCUCCCCAGGGAGGUGUCACGGCCCAACCUGACAGUGUUCAAGGAGAGACUGGACAACGUCCUCAGACACACAGUGUGACCUGUGGGGUGUCCUGUGCAGGGACAGGAGCUGGACUCCAUGAUCCUUGGGGGUCCCUUCCAGCUCAGGACGCUCUGUGGUUCUAUCACACGUUCAAUUAUGCUUUCCAGCAAGAAACUGCCUGAGCUGUGGGUUGGAGCGGAGCUGCCAUCGCACCCGAGAGCUCUGGGCAGAGCUGCCGGCACAGCCUGGCGUGAGCAGGGCUCUGCUUCCCCGUGCUGUUGCGUUCAGCACACAGUACUUACCAAGGCGCAGCUUUAAGCUCUCUUACCACAGCUGAUCUGCUCCCCAGACUUGGGUAGUUUUAACUCUGUUCAAAGUUAUUCAUACAAAUGCUAUCUCCAUGCAGGGUAGCAUCAGGGGUAAUAAAUGCUAAAGGUUAGUGGUGGAUUUUGGAGGUUUUGGAGACUUCGUUCCCAGGUCUUUGCUGCGGGGAGUUUCCAGUCUGAGGCAGCUAAUCUUAAUCUGAUUGCAAAUUCUUGCACUUGAAGCCUCACCUACUUUAGCCAGGCUCCGUAGUGACCAGAGACAAGUAUCACCUUUGCACUAUGGUGCUCACACUGUGACAACAAGAGGUUGAUAUUUCAGAUUGGAACCGAGUAGAAGGCAUUUUGGCAAGACAGAAACCUUGGAAAAAAUCCAUUAAGCUACUUUCAUUUUGAAAAUCUUACUGCUAGCAAAGUGAGUGCUUUCUUACAUGUAACCUGAACAUUGUCAGCAGCGUUGCUGAGGUCUGAUGUUCAGGGAUGGGGGUGAGGAAAUUCUAGGAAGAAAUUAGGAUUGCUUUCUCCAACGGGAGGUGGCUCAGAGGUUUGGAGAAAUCCUAGAUGGCCAGGCAAAGUAAAAAUAGUAAUACAGAAAAUAACUCUGAGCGAGCACUUUGGACUGCACGUUAUCUGCUAGAUAGUUUUUUCUUCUUGCGUGUGGACUGGUUGCCUGUGGUUCUGAUAAAGGGAUUUCAACAAGAGUGAUGAGAACCUAAUUGCAGAGCCAAGUGCUUGGAUUAAUCCUAGUGAUGGAUAGCAGCACAUAAAUAAUUAUAUACUUAACCAUCCAUUCACCAGCGCAGCAAGACACAAAUGUGUGCGGUGAACCUGAAUCCUUCAUCCGUGGCCGUGGUGCAGGGCCGCAGUGGGACUUGGCAAAGCUUCCCAGGUGCUUCUCACUGCAUCGCUUCUGCCUGCAGCGCGUGGAGCGGUGGGAGACGCGCGUGGAGCAGCGGGGAAUGUGCGUGAAGCAUCAGGAGACACGUGUGGAGCGCCGGGGCUGUGCAUGGAGCAGCGGGAUCAUGUCCUCCCCUCCGCAGAGCCGGGAAACUGCCCGUUGCUCAAACAACAGCAUGCUUUCAGAAAUGGGGUUCGGAACAAGAAUACCACCAUUUUGAGGCUGCAGUGAUUUGAAAGGAUGCAGUGAUUUGAAAGGAUGGCUAUCCUUAUGGCCAGAAGAUUAACUGAUUUAUAAUCAGAAAGCUAUUUCAGCUGUUUUUCUCUUCUCUGAAAACAGAUUAAUUUAGGAUACAAUCCUGUUUAAAUUCCCUCAAAAUAUAAGCAAAUACUUCCCUCACCACUUCAGCUCAUCCAAAACCAGUGUCACUCCAGUCUUCAAAAAGGGCAAGAAGGAGGACCCGGGUAAUUACAGACCGGUCAGCCUCACCUCUGUCCCUGGGAAAGUAAUGGAACAGCUUCUCCUUGGUGCCAUCUCAAGGCAUACCAAGGAUAAGAGGGUUAUUAGGGGCAGUCAGCAUGGCUUUACCAAGGGUAAGUCAUGCUUGACCAACCUCAUAGCCUUUUACGAGAAUGUAACAAGGUGGAUGGAUGAUGGCAGAGCGGUGGAUGUGGUCUACCUUGACUUCAGUAAAGCCUUUGACACAGUCUCCCACAGCAUCCUCACAGCUAAGUUGAGGAGGUGUGGUGUAGACAAUAGAGUAGUGAGGUGGGUUGCAAACUGGCUUAAGGAGAGAAGCCAGAGAGUGGUAGUCAAUGGUGCGGAGUCUAGUUGGAGGCCAGUAUCUAGUGCAGUGCCUCAGGGGUCAGUGCUGGGGCCAAUAUUAUUCAAUAUAUUCAUUAACGAUUUAGACGAGGGAAUAGAGUGCACUAUCAGCAAGUUUGCUGAUGACACUAAGCUGGGAGGUGUGGCUGACACGCCAGAAGCUGUGCUGCCAUCCAGAGACCUGGACAGGCUGGAGAGUUGGGCGGGGAAUAACCUGAUGAAAUUUAACAAGGGAAAGUGUAGAGUCCUGCAUCUGGGCAGGAACAACCCCAGGUUCCAGUAUAGGUUGGGAAAUUACAUAUUAGAGAGCAGUGUAGGGGAAAGGGACCUGGGGGUUCUGGUGGACAACAGGAUGACCAUGAGCCAGCACUGUGCCCUAGUGGCCAGGAAGGCCAAUGGCAUCCUGGGGUGUAUUAGAAGGGGGGUGGCUAGUAGAUCGAGAGAGGUCCUCCUGCCCCUCUACUCCGCCCUGGUGAGACCACAUCUGGAAUAUUGUGUCCAGUUCUGGGCCCCUCAGUUCCAGAAGGACAGGGAACUGCUGGAGAGGGUCCAGCGUAGGGCAACGAAGAUGAUUAAGGGAGUGGAGCACCUCCCUUAUGAAGAAAGGCUGAGGGAGCUGGGGCUCUUUAGUUUGGAGAAGAGGAGACUGAAGGGGGACCUCAUUAAUGUUUAUAAAUAUAUAAAGGGUGAGUGCCAUGAGGAUGGAGCCAGGCUCUUCUCGGUGGCAAACAAUGAUAGGACAAGGGGUAAUGGGAUCAAGCUGGAACACAAGAGGUUCCGCUUAAAUUUGAGAAGAAACUUCUUCUCAGUGAGGGUGGCAGAGCCUGGCCCAGGCUGCCCAGGGGGGUUGUGGAGUCUCCUUCUGUGCAGACAUUCAAAACCCACCUGGACAUGUUCCUGUGCGACCUCACCUGGGCGUUCCUGCUCCAUGGGGGGAUUGGACUGGAUGAGCUUUUGAGGUCCCUUCCAAUCCCAAACAUACUGUGAUACUGUGAUACUCUGUGUGUGUGUGAAAACCAAGGCUGUCCUGGAUUCAAAUGUAGUCUGAGCUUAGUGUAACCAUUAACACACAGCUGAACAAAUCCACUAGCAAAACUGGGGAAUACCCUGAGUCAAGAAACUUCAUAGUUUCAGGUCUGGUUCUGAGGAUUAGCCUAAUUUAUGAAAAAACAAUGUACUCCAAAGUUAGUUUUGGUUUCUUCCAAAUCAUUACUUCUCCAGUAAUCUUUACUUUUACAGUUCUUGGAAAAGUAGAUGUUAUAGUGGUCAGUGAUUAGAAUUAUGUAUUAGGAUAACAAAACCUUUAAAGGGCAUUUAAUUUAUAGAAGGUGACUGUUUCUGCAGCACACUUUAGGACAGUUUUGAACACACAGCUUUGGUGGUAGGAGCGUUACUGAAUUUCAGAAGCUACAUUAACCCUGGGCUGCUUAAUUUGGUGGAACAGGGUGGUCUGAAUUAAAUCUGUGUGCAGCAAAAUCACCACCAAACUCUGACAUCUGAAGAGGCCCUUCUGCUUCCAGUUAGUUUCGGAUGGUGUUUUCACAAGGAACAGGGAUGUGGAGCUGUCAAAAGUCUUAUUUUGGGAUGAAACUCAAGACCUGUAGAGUGCACAGCUCAAGUGCUUGAUUUUUGGACGCUUGCUCUGGCUUCCGUCAGACCUCCAGUUCCCGUUGGUCUGUUGGUUAAUUCACCGUGUGUCUCCAUGUGCCUUGUGCCAGAUGGAAACUCCUGGCGUUUCUCAGGGUGCCCGUUUGUCCCCGGCCACUUUCCUCGUUCAUUGCCUGAGCAAAGCAAAGCUUUCUGUUUGCUUCCCAGGGGCAGGUCAUGCGUCUGUAUUUGUUGGAUUUGUCGAAAAUGUAGUUCUAGAUGGUGGAUUGACAUAAUUGAAACUUACUGAGGUAGAAAUCAUGAGGCUGAUGUUUAACAGUGAAUAAAAACAUGUUCUGUCACAGUGUAAAAAGAGGAGGAAACGAUGUUUGAAGUUUGCGAGUAGUAAGAGUAAGAGCAGGUUUUGAGAGAGGAGUUUGUAGUUAAUUGUGUUGUUUUCACUGUUGAGCCACUUCAAAGAGAAACGCUCUUCUAAGUCGUAUCACCGUUGCUGUUGGAAAGGGAAAACCGCACCACUCUGUAUUAUUGCCCUUGAAGGAGGAGCAGUGAAUAAAACAAAACUACGAGAAGGAUGAAUGCUGUAAACCCCGACCAGUCGGAGAGCGCAGCGUGCGCUGCCGUCACAGGCAGUGAGCGAGGGGCUGCGUGGCCGUCGGGUUUGGCCCCAGCUGGACACGUAACCGCGACAGCCGCUCGCUCGCCCCCUCCCCAGGUAACAGAGAAACUUGGAUCGAGAUCAACACUGUUUAAUGAAAUAACAAAAUACUAAUACACCACUGGUAAAUAUAUAUACAUAUAUAGAUAGAUAGAUAGAUAGAUAGAUAUGAAAAAUAGAAUAUCACAUAAAACAUACUCGGUGCAAUUUCUCAUGAACAGCCCGGGCAGCAGCACCUGGUCCCAAACAGCCGAUUGCAGAGAGAGAAGAGAGGAAAAAGGCAGAAGGGCCCAGAGGCCUCUGCAAAGGGCAGGAUGGGGAAAGGCUGAGCUAAAGACAACCCCAAACAGGACUGCCCCGAACGGGUCUCUGUCCUGGCUCCGACAGAGAGAAGAGACCAGAAGGUCCUGACUCUCCUUAAAUAUGAAGCCUGACACUAAUGGGAUGGAAUAUUGUUAUUGAUCAGUCUGGAUAUCAGUCAAGGUCUGUCCCAUCCAUGUCCCCUUCUUAGCUGCCGCACACCUGUGAGCAGAGCUCAGAAAAAGUCUUUGACUUCCAGACCAGAGCAUUUAAAAACUUUAACUCUGUCCUGAGCUGUUAUCCCUUGUUCUCAAACAAUGACGGUGCUGGCUACAAAGAAGAAAGGUUUCUAACUGAUGAAGAAAGCUAACUCAUUUUCAGUCAAACCAGCACAGACUCUGGCGUCUGCCGGCUCCUGCCCAGCUCCAGCGCCCGGCCGGGGAGGCUCCGGGUGCCGCGUGGCGCUGGGAGGUGUCACCAUCCCCGGGCCCUCGGCAGCCACGGGCUCAGUCGGGUUUGCUGUGUGAGAGGGAGAUGCCGGGGGGUGCGGUCAGCGGGGGCGUCCGGGCUGGUCAGGGCGUGUUCAUGUGGCCGUGUGUGACAUGUCGUGCACUCGCAGGACGUGCCAUGUUUCCUGCCAGUAACCCUCAGGUUUCUUGGUGGUGACGGACGUGCUUUGGAAGAGCCUUGCAGGACUUCUCAAGAGAAUGAUGCGAGAUACCGGCUGCUCCGUGUCUCUGUUGGCUAACCGUAUCAUUAGCGAUAGCUUAAAAUAGUUUUUUACAGUGAGGGUGGUGAGACACUGGAACAGAUUCCCCAUCAUAGGCAGUGCUCAAAGUCAGGCUGGAUGAGCCUUUGAGCAACCCGAUGUAGUUGAAGAUGUCCCUGCCUGUGGACUAGAUGGUCUUUGAAUGUCCCUUCCAACCCAAACCAUUCUGUGAUUCUGCGAAUAUUGGUCGUGCAAACAUCUAGUCUUUCAGAACAUUGUAGGUGAUUGACAUCAAAGAUGUGGAGGCGUGAUAGGUUCUAGAGCAAGUGACAGACUCUCAUUUUGGCUUUGCCACCUUUUUGGAUUUGUUCAACUCCUCCUUUGUUUCCGGGUCAUAUAUAAGGGCAAACUGAUCUCUUUGGCUUCUUUUAAGUGAUUCCUCUGCAGUUCAUUGAGCACAUGUGCUGCUGGAGCCUGAGCUCAGAAACUCUUCUUUCUGUUGCCCACGCAGCAGCUGACCCUUCCUCCUCUGCACGGUGUGUAACGCUGGUACGGGUGCUGUGGGUCAGGAAAGAGGGAAUGGAUGUGAGGACAUGCCAUGAGUGGAGGGACAAGUACUGAAAUGAGAAUGAAAUGUUGCUGUUACCUGGUGCCCUUUGAAACGUGGCGUCGUUGCCGCGUCGGUGCCCGUGUCCCGCGGUCUGUGUGCGCUUCCCAUCACACUGCCUGCUCUGCGAGAGUUCGGAUUGGCAAAGCCCAAGCAGGAGAGGAGACUUGCUUGUCCGCAUGGUAGUGCUAUGUGUAUAAAUGAGUGCUUUGUGUCAUCUUGCACAAAGUGAGUAUUUUUUGCAUACAUGUAAGCAUUAAUAAUCUAAAUAAGAUACUCCUCAUCCUACAGAGGGCUGGACGGCAGCAGUGAAGGGCAUGGACAGAGGUUGCUCAGAGUUUAGAGAUACCAGGCCAUUGUGCUGAGCUUGGGGAGGGACCCUACGGCUCCAAUUAGGUGCCUUUCAGGAGAAAAAAUGAUGUGUAAUAAACAUCUGGAAAAUUGUCUUUAUAGGAAAAAGAUUAAAGAAAGAUUUGAAAAUACUAGCGUUGUUCAAGGUUGGAACCUCAUGCUUAAAAGUCAGUUUGUCAAACAAGGUGGUUAAUGGAUAUUUUGGGCAUUCUUUGCUAAACUAUGUUGUUUCUUCAUUUUUUUUUCUGUAAGAUAAACUUAAGAGGAUGCUACUAAAGGGAAAGUGCCCCACUGAGGCUGAGCAGGAACGACACAGGGUCUUCUGCAGCCCAGCAGGAGGGUGGGGAGGGGACAUUUCCCUUUGUAGUCCCCGAUCCUACUGUUCCUUGAGCUUCAAGCAAAAGUACAUAGCUAGUGGCUGGAGCGGUGACCAGGACUCCUCCCACUCUGCUGUUCAUUUAUUUUCCCUUUCCCCAUGCUUCCCCAGUGGGCUGCAGAGCAAAGAUUGGUCACCCCACUGAUGGGCUGAACUUUGCUCUUGGCAGCAGGAGCACAUGGCAGAUCUCCAUCCUCGCUCAGGCCUGGUUUACCUCCACCUGCCGCUGGGCUGAGGGGGGUCAGGAGCCCCAUCAGGCACGGCCGCUGUGUUCGCCCUGCUUGCGUGAGGUGCGCAGGCGGUGCUGAGCCAUGGCCCGGGUUGUGCCUGCAGGUGGUGCUGAGCCGUGGCCCGGGUUGUGCCUGCAGGCGGUGCUGAGCCAUGGACUGGGUUGUGCCCGCAGGCGGUGCUGAGCCAUGGACUGGGUUGUGCCCGCAGGCGGUGCUGAGCCGUGGCCCGGGUUGUGCCUGCAGGCGGUGCUGAGCCAUGGCCCGGGUUGUGCCCGCAGGUGGUGCUGAGCCAUGGCCCGGGUUGUGCCCGCAGGCGGUGCUGAGCCGUGGCCCGGGUUGUGCCCGCAGGCGGUGCUGAGCCAUGGCCCGGGU